GAGGGGAGAGACUGAAGGUGCCUGAGUAAGGAGGAGUGAAAUAAAUUGGACUGCUCUAGAGAGCUGUGGUAUCUGGGUUGCAGUUUUGGGGAUCACAAGCGUGGGAGGCUGGUCAGGCUCAAUCUCCCAGCUCACGAAUUGCCAGUGGGGUUUCUCAAGACUGAACUGGUGAUUCCCAGUAGCCAUGCACUUCAGGCUCUCUUCCACCCUGGGACUCUGGUGGCACAAGAGCCGGAGUUCUGUUGCAGAUUGGGAUAUUAAACAAGCAGAGAUUUAUUUAAACAGUGCCAGAGGUAUCUGCAGAGCAACGAUGGCAACAGAAUCUCCUCGCCGCCCUAGCCGAUGUACAGGGGGAGUUGUGGUUCGCCCACAGGCUGUCACGGAACAGUCAUAUAUGGAAAGUGUUGUUACGUUUCUUCAAGAUGUUGUGCCACAGGCUUACAGUGGAACUCCACCAACAGAAGAAAAAGAAAAAAUAGUCUGGGUCAGAUUUGAAAAUGCAGACUUAAAUGAUACAUCAAGGAAUAUGGAGUUUCAUGAGAUACAUAGCACUGGCAAUGAACCACCUUUGCUGCUAAUGAUUGGGUACAGUGAUGGAAUACAGAUCUGGAGCAUACCAAUCAGUGGUGAAGCCCAGGAACUCUUUUCUGUUCGACAUGGCCCAGUUCGAGCUGCACGAAUCUUGCCUGCUCCACAAAUCAGCCCUCAGAAAUGUGAUAAUUUUUCUGAGAAGAGACCUCUUCUUGGUGUGUGUAAAAGCAUUGGAUCUUCUGGCACAAGCCCACCUUACUGCUGUGUGGACCUUUACUCUUUGCGAACAGGAGAGAUGGUCAAAUCCAUACAGUUCAAAACUCCUAUUUAUGAUCUGCAUUGCAACAAAAGGAUACUUGUUGUUGUCUUGCAAGAGAAAAUUGCUGCCUUCGACAGCUGUACAUUCACAAAAAAAUUCUUCGUUACAAGCUGCUAUCCUUGUCCGGGGCCAAACAUGAAUCCCAUUGCUCUUGGGAGUCGUUGGCUUGCUUAUGCAGAAAACAAGCUGAUCCGGUGCCAUCAGUCCCGUGGUGGAGCCUGUGGAGACAACAUUCAGUCUUACACUGCCACAGUCAUUAGUGCUGCCAAAACGAUAAAGACUGGACUUACAAUGGUUGGGAAAGUGGUUACACAGCUGACAGGGACAUUGCCUUCAGGAGCAACUGAAGAAGAGAUUUUAGUUCAUAGCAAUACUCGUCGAAGUCCUCUGGUGCCUGGGAUCAUCACUGUUAUUGAUACCGAGACAGUUGGAGAAGGGCAGGUGAUUGUUAGCGAGGAUUCUGAUAGCAGCGGUAUUGUAGCCCACUUCCCUGCACAUGAAAAGCCUAUUUGCUGCAUGGCUUUUAACCCCAGUGGGAUGCUUCUGGUCACUACUGACACGCUAGGCCAUGAUUUCCAUGUUUUCCAAGUACUGACACAUCCUUGGUCGUCAUCACAAAGUGCUGUACAUCAUUUGUAUACACUUCACAGGGGAGAGACCGAAGCCAAAGUACAAGAUAUCUCCUUCAGCCAUGACUGUCGUUGGGUGGUGGUCAGCACUCUUCGUGGCACUUCCCAUGUCUUCCCCAUCAAUCCUUAUGGUGGUCAGCCCUGUGUCCGCACUCACAUGUCGCCCAGGGUGGUAAACCGCAUGAGCCGUUUCCAGAAGAGUGCGGGGUUGGAGGAGAUUGAGCAGGAGCUGACAUCUAAACAAGGAGGCCGCUGCAGCCCUGUCCCAGGCCUGUCAAGCAGUCCAUCUGGCUCACCUCUUCAUGGUAAACUGAAUAACCAAGAUACUUACAAUAAUUUCACUAAUAAUAAUCCUGGGAACCCACGACUCUUGCCACUUCCAAGUUUGACUGUGGUGGUACCUCUUGCACAAAUCAAACAGCCAAUGACCUUAGGGACCAUCACCAAACGCACAGGCAAAACCAAACCAGCUCCACAGAUUUCACCUAGUAAAUCUGUGGGAGGAGAGUUUUGUGUUGCUGCAGUCUUCGGCUCAUCAAGAUCCUGGUUUGCAAACAAUCCAGGUCUAAAAAGAGAAAAAGACCAAUCAAAACAGUUUGUGGUGGAAUCACUGUAUAUUAUCAGUUGUUACGGUACCCUGGUAGAACAUGUAUUGGAACCACGUCCGCUCAGCGCUGCUCCGAAGAUCAGUGAUGACACUCCUUUGGAAAUGGUGACCUGUCCGAGAGCCAGCUGGACAUUGGUUAGAACUCCUCAGUGGAAUGAACUGCAACCACCAUUUAAUGCAAACCAUCCACUGCUCCUAGCUGCAGAUGCAGUUCAGUAUUAUCAAUAUCUGCUCGCUGGCUUGGUUCCACCUGGGAGUCCUGGACCUAUUACACGACAUGAGUCGUAUGACAGCUUAGCAUCUGACCAUAGUGGUCAAGAGGAUGAAGAAUGGCUUUCCCAGGUUGAAAUAGUGACUCACACUGGACCUCACAGACGCCUAUGGAUGGGCCCCCAGUUCCAGUUCAAAACGAUUCAUCCCUCAGGUCAAACAACGGUCAUUUCAUCCAGUUCUUCUGUGCUGCAGUCACAUGGUCCAAGUGACACCCCGCAGCCUCUUCUGGACUUUGAUACAGAUGACCUUGAUCUCAACAGUCUCAGGAUUCAGCCUGUUCGCUCUGAACCUGUUAGCAUGCCAGGAUCAUCGCGCCCGAUUUCUGAUCGCAGAGGAGUUUCAACGAUGAUCGAUGCUACUUCAGGUGCCUUUGAUCGGAGCGUGACCCUGCUGGAAGUCUGUGGAAGUUGGCCUGAGAGCUUUGGUCUCCGUCACAUGUCUUCCAUUGAGCACACUGAAGAGGGCCUUCGGGAGCGGCUGGCUGAUGCAAUGUCUGAGUCACCCAGCAGGGACAUAGUGGGAUCAGGAACAGACACAGCCGUUGAAGUAGCAGUAAAAAACAUCUCCACAGAGAGGCACAUGGCUUUGAAAUGUUUUGAGCUUCAGCGAGAAGGAAGCAUAGAGACUCUCAGUAACAGUUCUGGUUCCACCAGCGGAAGCAUUCCACGCAAUUUUGAUGGUUACAGAUCACCUCUCCCGACAAACGAAAACCAGCCUCUAAGUCUUUUCCCUACAGGAUUCCCUUAAAUUAGCCAAACAUACGAGGAGAGAUUCAGACUGGCUAACCAAAUGUCGCUCCAUCUAAACAGUUUUGAUGUGUAUUUCACCCACCCGUUAGCUGCACUGCUGAAUGGUUCUCGUUACACUAAUAAAUAUUGACGACUCUUCUGCUUAAAGUCUUCUUAAAAUAUAUUGACAAUUUAUUGAGUUUGUUUUCCUGUGCAAUAUUGAUAAGAAGAGACUCUUUCUUCAAUCCUUACAGCUUGGUGGCUUCUUUUUGGUGUGUUCAGGCAGAGACCGUUUAGAGGAGAAAUACUUCUAAAACCAUUUUUUGGUUGAGCCCAUGAUUUUACAACCAUUACCCGCUUUUUCAUGUUUAAAUAAAGGCAUCUGCAUAACUUGAGUGGUGAAUUAGCCAUCCAGCCGGUGAAUUCUAGCUGUUUGCAGAAUUGAGGAGCAUUGAAGAACGAACUGAUGGGAGUGAAAACUUGAGGACUGUCUACGAGACAGAUGGCGAAUAGGACGGAUACGUUAUUACUUAGUUUAUGCAUCUCUUUGCUGUCCUCCUUUGGUUCCCUGCUGAUAUUAAUUGAUGCCAGGAGUAUUACAAAUGAAGAAGUUUCUUUUUGUUCUUGGGAAGAAUUAUCUUUCUUGCUCCAGUUUUAUUCUAGUCAUGUAUUUUAGAAAUGUUCUUAAUUGACUAACAGAAGUCAUAAAUAUCUCCUAUUCAGUUAUAAAAAUUGUUCACUGGAACGCGACUAGCUGUCCAAAUGUGCAUGUGUCAUUGAAUA